AUGGUAGCGGAGCGCUCCGGCAAAGCGACAGCCGCCGGUGCCCGCGGCCCUGGGGAGCUGGGCGCACCCGGGACAGUGGCUCUGGCGGUGGCGCCGGCGGAGCGCUGUGCUCGGCUGCCGAGCCCUGGGUCGUGCGGGCUGCUGGCGCUGGCUCUCUGCUCGCUGGCGCUCAGCCUGCUCGCCCACUUUCGGACGGUCGAGCUGCAGGCCCGGGUGCUGCGCCUGGAAGCGGAGCGUGGGGAGCAGCAAAUGGAGCCGGCUAUUUUGGGACGAGUCAACCAACUGCUGGAUGAGAAAUGGAAGCUCCACUCACGGAGGCGCCGGGAGACCCCAAAGACGUCCCCAGGAUGCCACUGCCCGCCAGGUAAGGAGCCCUAUGCAGGGGGUCCUGCUGGAAGACCCGGCCUCCCGGGGGACAAAGGUGCCAUUGGGAUGCCUGGACGUGUGGGAGGAAAGGGCCAGCCAGGCGAGAAGGGUGCCCCAGGAGAUGCCGGCAUGUCCAUCAUUGGUCCCCGCGGCCCCCCUGGUCAGCCAGGCACCCGAGGUUUUCCAGGAUUUCCGGGUCCCAUUGGGCUCGACGGCAAACCGGGCCGGCCAGGACCAAAGGGGGAGAUGGGUCUGGCGGGUCCCUGGGGACAGCCGGGACCUCAAGGACAAAAAGGAGAAAAGGGUCAGUGUGGAGAGUACCCACACCGGGAGCACCUAAGUGGCUCUCUAGCAGCUCUGCGCUCCAACCAGAUAAUUAUUCUGAAGCUGCUGCCUCUCCUCAAUUCAGUGCGGCUGGCUCCACCCCCAGUCAUUAAAAGGCGGACCUUCCAGGGUGAACAGGGCCAGGCUGGCAUCCAAGGCCCGCCAGGGCCACCAGGCCCUCCUGGACCGAGCGGACCUCUGGGGCACCCAGGACUGCCAGGGCCCAUGGGGCCGCCCGGCUUACCGGGGCCUCCUGGACCAAAGGGAGACCCAGGGAUCCAGGGCUACCACGGCCGGAAGGGAGAACGGGGCAUGCCAGGGAUGCCAGGCAAACACGGAGCAAAGGGGGCUCCUGGAACCACUGUGGCUGGGAUGAGGGGUGAACCUGGGAUCCCAGGAGCCAAGGGUGAGAAGGGGGCUGCGGGGUCCCCCGGGCCACUCGGCCUCUUGGGGCAGAAGGGAGAAAAAGGCGAUGCUGGCAACUCCAUUGAAGGAGGCAGAGGGGAGCCUGGCCCCCCAGGGCUUCCUGGACCCCCAGGGCCAAAGGGGGAAGCUGGAGCAGAUGGCCUGGAAGGCCCCCCAGGACAGCAAGGAGACAAGGGGGACCCUGGAGCACCUGGAGAUCAGGGACCUACUGGCCCCAAGGGCUCCAAGGGAGAACCUGGGAAAGGAGAGAUGGUGGACUACAACGGGAACAUCAACGAGGCUCUCCAGGAGAUCCGGACACUGGCCUUGAUGGGGCCCCCUGGUCUUCCUGGGCAGAUCGGCCCACCCGGAGCUCCAGGGAUCCCAGGCGAGAAGGGGGAGAUUGGACUGCCAGGCCCUCCCGGACUCGACGGGGAAAAGGGACCUCGAGGCAAACCAGGAGAUGUGGGCCCUCCUGGUCCCCAAGGCCCCCCAGGAAAGCCUGGGCCUGCAGGAAUGAAGGGAGAAGACGGCCUCCCAGGGAGCCCAGGAGAGAAGGGGGAGAAAGGGGAGACGGGGCAGCCAGGACCACCGGGUCUAGACGGCCCAACUGGGGAGAAAGGAGAACCAGGUGACCCAGGGAGACCCGGCGCGACUGGACUUCCUGGCCCAAUCGGGCUCCCAGGAUUUAUAGGAGAGAAAGGAGAACCAGGGGAGAAGGGUGACCCAGGAAUGGAGGUUCCUGGGCCACCAGGGCCAGAGGGGCCUCCUGGACCUCCGGGGCUCCAAGGCGUUCCUGGACCAAAGGGGGAAGCAGGACUAGACGGAGCAAAAGGAGAAAAGGGCGUCCAGGGAGAAAAAGGAGACCGAGGUCCUCUGGGAUUACCCGGAGCUUCAGGUUUGGACGGCAGGCCUGGGCCACCGGGUACUCCAGGACCAAUCGGAGUUCCAGGCCCAGCGGGACCAAAAGGAGAGAGGGGCAGCAAAGGCGACCCUGGGAUGACAGGACCAACGGGAGCAGCUGGGCUUCCUGGUUUACAUGGACCACCCGGGGACAAAGGAAACCGGGGGGAGAGGGGGAAGAAAGGCUCUAGAGGGCCUAAGGGGGAUAAGGGAGACCAAGGAGCGCCUGGAUUAGAUGCCCCCUGUCCAUUGGGUGAAGAUGGCUUGCCAGUCCAGGGCUGCUGGAACAAGGGCCAGAGUCCAUGGUUAGUCGCUAAGAAGUGA